GAAAAUGGAAAAAAAGGACGAGAAAUCAAAGCAUGUCGAGAGUGGAGAGUCAUCCCAAGCCAAUCCAUUCCAAGAGGGUGACCUACUCUGUCCUGCACCUGAAUAUGAUGAUGUCAUAGCCGCUGGUAAUAUGAAAGGGUCCACAUACACCAAGAAGGAAAAAAAAUGGAUAGUCCAAAAGCAUAAGGAGGAAAAAGCUCUUGAAGCUAUAUAUGGAACCAAAAAAAACCCUAAGAGAGAUAAGAGAGAUAAGCGAAUUAAGCAGCGAUAUUGUUGCCGAAAAUUACCAGUAACACAGAAGAGGAUGUUUUGUGAGGACAAUUUUAUCUCCUCUGCGCAGAUAGAGACUCUCCUCCAAAAGGAAGAUGUCACUGUAUUCCAGCUUAUGGACGAGGAUGAGGUCCUCCAGGAGUGUAGGGCUCAGAAUAGAAAACUUCUAGAUUUUUUGACUCAAGCCGAAGUCCUUGAAGAAAUGGUGUACUUGGUAGUAAAUGAACCUUCGGCAGAGGGUGAGAUGCAAAUGCGGUUUAAGUAUGCUAACCUUGCUGCAGAGCUUCUCACAGCAGAUGUGCCAGCUAUUAUUGAUAAGUUGGUGGCUUCAACCAGCCUCUUAGAUAUAUUGUACAAAUUUCUAGAGAAAGAGAAGCCACUUAAUCCAUUGCUGGCAUCCUUCUUCUCCAAGGUCCUAGGCAUGCUGGUUCAGCGUCGCUCCGAACAGGUAUUGGACUUUUUAAAAUCCAAAGGUGAUUUUGUUGAACUGGCUGUACAACAUGUAGGGACCUCAGCUAUUAUGGAUUUGCUGCUCAAACUUAUCUGUAACAUUGAGGAGGACAAAAUCCGGCAGAGAGUACAUCAGUGGUUGAAUGAGGGCCAACUAGUAGAGCGGCUAGUAGACAAGUUAUCACCAGAUGCUGACCCAGAGGACCACGCCAGUGCCGACAAUCUCCUCUGCGAAAUUAGCACCUCCUGCAGGGACACGUCCACCGAUGGACACCAGCAGACUAACCCUCUUCGGGCGACUUUGGAAAGUGAAGACACAGUAAAUAAAUUGCUAGAUUUACUCCUCCACGAAGACCGGAACGACUCUUCACUUUCUCACGUGAUCAACAUCCUGCUUACUCUCCUGUCUGCUCGAACACAGCAGCAGCAGAUUCAGCAUCUACAGCAACAGCAACAAGGGUUGCAACAGUAUGCAGCCGUUGAUUCAAGUGAUAGUGAAUCAAGUGACGGGAGGAAACAUGCUGUUGCAAGAAUUAUUGCCAAACGUCUACCAAGUCUUCAAAACAUUCUACUACACCCACCAAAGAAAGCGUUGUUACUGACUGCGUAUAGCCAGGAAGUGGAGCCCCUGGGAAAUACCCACCUUCAGGUCGUGUCGCUGGUCACUGCUCUGGUUGCCCUCAGUGACCCUGUAGUCCAUGAUUCGCUUUAUGAACUUAAUACAGUUGAAUAUCUGUUGGACUUGUUUUUCAAAUUUAUGUUGAACCACUUCUUACACACCCAAGUGGAGCAGUGCCUGACCGCCAUUCUGACAAAGGCCCCAGCAGCAUCCUCUCCAGAAGGCGACACAGACCACCGGUUGCUCACCCAGCUCUUCAAUGACGGACGCAUCAUUGAGCGCGUGUUAGAAGCUUUUGAUGAGUCCAGCGAAAGACAAGAAUGCAAACAGAUACACAUGGGUCAUUUACGACAACUGGCUAACACUAUUGUACAGCAAGCAGAGUUUGGUCCAAAUGAACACCGCAUAAAGCAGCUUAUACAGGGCCUGCCUGGGGAUAAAGCCACCCAGUGGGACGACUUUGUCUCCAACGUGCUGGCAGAACUCAAUCGCAAGAACGAAAUAACUCCUCUUCCGUGGAUCCACAUGCUUAGUGGUAAUGCUACUGCCGGAGAGCAGGAUUGGGGUUUGGCAACGGUUGAGGCAGACGAGACAGACGAGAGCCCACAGGUGCUGGAGGAAAAGCAGGAGGAAAGAGAUGAAGAAAAUGAGGUGGAGGAGAAAUGGACUCAGAAACCAGAUCAUGUAUGUAAAAGAGACAGACGGACAUCUCCAAUAUUUUUAUUAUUAUUAUUAUUAUUAUUAUUAUUAUUAUUAUUACUGUGACCCAAAGGCAUUGUGAAUCCAUGGCAUUAAGUGGGUUCCUGAAGUGAAAAUUUACACUGUGGACUGGCCACUACUAUUCUUGAAAAGUCUUAUGAAAUAUGUU